CUUGCGCAACAGAAGAUGCAGCGGCAACUUCGGGCUUAUAAAUAUUGCAGAUCGUUUGCCUGAUUCAUUAGUGCCAUCAACAUAACAAACAUGGCUGCUCCGCUCCUCACGGCUGCCCUCCUUGUGGCCUUGGCGGUGUCCCCGAGCGUGCAGGUCUGCGCCCCGGACUGCACGGGCGUGGACCCCCAGACCAAAGUGCGGGACCCCACCGACUGCACCAGGUACUACGUCUGCGCCGACACCUCCGGCAAUGGUGUGCUUUUACCGUCGAUCAACCCAGUGGAGUGCCCCGAUGGAGAGUACUUCAACGACCAGCACACCAACCCCCGCUGUGACCCCAUCAUCGACCCCUCCGAUAGUUACUGCUCACCACUCUGCAACCCGUGUGAGGCUCACUGCACCCACGCAGGAGAAGUCACUCCUGAUCCAAUAGAUUGCUCCACUUACUAUGUGUGCCUUGGUGACGGACAUGUUAUGUCGGUUGGCUGCUCGGCUGAUACACCCUUCUUCGACUUCAUGGUCGGGGAGUGCCAGACCGACUCGACCCUCUGCUUCCACUACUGCGACGUCUGCGAGCCCCACUGUACCCAGCAGAAUGAACGCGUUCCAGACCCGACUGACUGCCACAGAUUCUAUCUGUGUACGCCACCCACCAUGUCCAAUUUCCUGUGUCCCCAUGAAGAGGUGUUCAAUAGGGCGACGGGUUUAUGUGAAACAGGGGCACCGUGCAUUGUAGACUGCCCUACCCUUAAAUAAUUGUAUGUGCAUUUGUAGAUGAAUUCCACUGAUGAGACAACUAUUUUUAUCCAUUCCUUUAGAAUAAAGUAUGAAUUGAUAAAUA